AAAUAGUGGAGUUUAAUGGUGUAAUGCAAAAAUGGGAAAACCUAGUGGGAAAUUCGCAAUAUAAAUCAUGGACCAGUCGUCGAAUUUGUCACAGAACAUCGUUUUGUCGACGGUCGACCCGGAAAACAAUUACACACCGUACGACCAACGUCCCGAAACCUACAUCGUUCCAGUUCUGUUUUUCAUCAUAUUUGUGGUCGGCGUUAUAGGAAAUGGAACCCUGGUCAUAAUUUUUAUCCGGCACAGAGCCAUGCGAAACGUCCCCAACACCUACAUAUUCUCGCUGGCGUUGGCCGACUUGCUGGUGAUAAUAACAUGCGUUCCCUUCACAUCCAUCCUCUACACGGUGGAGUAUUGGCCCUGGGGCGUUGUGGUCUGCAAAGUUUCUGAGACGGCCAAGGACAUCAGCAUCGGCGUCUCCGUGUUCACCCUGACCGCCCUUUCGGCCGAAAGAUACUGUGCCAUCGUGAAUCCCUUAAGAAGGUUGCAAACAAAACCGAUGACGGUUUUAAGCGCCGCGUUGAUAUGGGUGCUGGCCGCCACCUUCUCCUUACCGGACGCUAUCAACUCUCGUCUCGAUUACAUGGAAAUCGACAGGAAUAAAACGCUGGUGUUCUGUUCCCCAUUCCCGAACAUCACUGACGUGGACAGCUACAAGAAGUACAGCAUCGUGAUCAAGUCACUGGUCUAUUAUAUCAUCCCUCUGGCGAUCAUCGCUUGUUUUUACGUGUUGAUGGCGAUCAGACUGCAUCACAGCGCGAACGAGAUGCCGGGCGAGAUAAGGGGUACGCAGAGCGUGGCGCAAGCGAAGGCCAGGAGACACGUCGCCAGGAUGGUGCUCAUUUUCGUCUUUCUGUUCUUUAUCUGUUUCCUUCCGCAUCAUGUAUUUAUGCUAUGGUUUCACCUGAACGAAAACGCCUUAAAUGAGUACAACGAUUGGUGGCACGCUAUAAGAAUCAUCGGUUUCUGUUUAAGUUUUUUGAAUUCCUGCGUGAAUCCGGUGGCUUUGUAUUGUGUCAGUGGAGUAUUCCGUUCGCAUUUCAAUCGGUAUUUGUGCUGCCAGGAGAGAAGAUGGCCGAGGAACAGCACUAUGACCACCAAUCCGAAUUGCGAAACCAGUUUCAAUUCAACGUACAGAAAACACACUCAGAACACCAUAGUCGAAAGUCAGAGCAUUUACCGAAAAGGAACAUUGGCAAGACGAAACACGCACGAACGUAACUCUGUCGGCAUGAACAUGCAGAACGAACUGGGCGAAAAAGGUCACAAAAACUCGAUGAUCCUACGCACCGAGAUGAGCAUGGACCACGGAUACUGCAGUUGAAAACGCAUCCUGACAACAUGUGAACCACACCACGUCCUUCACGAGGACUCCGGCUUUGAAAAUCCAACUGGCAGUGUCCAUGAGACCUUCAAAUGUUGAGUAAGUAGAGCUUAGUUCAGUGAAAAGAACGAGGACACUUCCCGGCUUUUCGAACGACCUUAGUUUUAAACCCAACAUUUCCACCCAUAACGAAGGUUACGGCGGCCAUAUUUCAAAAACCAAACAAAAAUAUUAAUCAGUUCAAUUUUUCUUAUUAAUUAAUCGGAUGUUAUGUGUGUUUUAAAAGUUCCCUGUUAAUAAUAGUUUAUUCGAAGCUUCACAAAAUUAAUUACUUUUUACGUUACUUUAAUGAAUAAAUUUUCCAAAUUUCAAGUUUCGAAGCGAUAAUAAAUAAAUAAAUGUCGUUUAUCCUGCUCGAGAUCGUCCUUGAACUUAUGCGGAACAGUAACGAAGAAAAAGGCGUGAAAACCGGAAUGAUAGUAAGUAUUUGAUGCAGAUAUUAUCCCGUCGUCACACCCCCCGUGGAUCUUUCGUGCGCCGGCAACUUUCCAAAGACAACAUUCCACCAUCGAAACAACAUAUUGAUCUGACUUUUAUUGAAUUCGACCCCGAUACAUUUCGGUUUUGCACAACGCCAGUUUUCGGUCAAUUUAUUUCAAUUUGUCCUUGCGAAUUUGCCACGGCAAAUAUUCGGAUAGGCAAAUUUAAGGAGAACGGCUCCGCAGGGACGGGACCGCGAAGGGAUGAAGGAUCGGCUUUCUCGAGCAGGAGUAUCCGAGAAAAUAGACCCGAAUGAAAAUCCUACUUUCCAUCAUUAGCCUAAUUUAUCUGCUCCCAAAGUUCAGAUAUAAAUGUUAUUCAGAGAAUUUGUAACAGAUUCAUUUGUCAAGACUAAAUUAAUUAAUUAAAUAAGAACUUUGAAAACACUCAUAAUUCUUAAUUCGACUUGGUUUAAAACUUUAAAUUUCACAAAUAAAUUUACUAGCGUAAAACUAUAAAACUUACAGGAUAUAAAAUAAGAUGUGACAUGAUGAAAAUUCCAUUUUGUCUCCUAAUAAAACGCUCUUGGCCUAAUUCGAGAGGAAUUCCAACUUCGGAACGACCUACUCUCAUCUACUAAAUAAACCACCCGCCGGUUUCUUUUUUUUUUUAUUAAGCAAAACCAUAGACCAGAAAUGAAAAUUUCGUGGCCGCAGUACCUUCAGUUUCCUAGUGCUUAAGUAGCAAUUUAUAUGCGAUGGAAUUUAUUCUUUGGUCUUUUUAUUUUUCGUUGCGUUUCGCGGGCACUUGCGCCCCGAAAAAUCGCAAAAAUAGGGGAAAACGCAUAAGCUUCGUGAACUCCACUGUCUGCGCGACACGUGAUUCAUUUCUAAUCGCCGUUUCUUGUUCCUCAAGUCCGAUUCUGGCUGUUUAGAUUAGAUCGGAUCGAUUUCGUUAAUCAAACACCUUCGAACGAACAAACUGCACGUUUGUGUUGAUUGUUGAUAGUGUAAAUACUCCCAAAUGCAUAUCGUAAUCGAGUUUGUACUUUUAUAAGUGGAUUGUAAAUAAUUAUCGACGAGUUGUGCGACUAGUCGAUGGUUAUGUCCAAUGAAACUAAUUAAGACUUGUAAAUAAAUCAAAUUACUUAUUAAUGUUAACUGUCUAUUCCAAAGUUUAUGUAGCUAAGCGUAAAAAUUGGCCUAAAGUAUAUUUGUGAAUAAGGGAUCAAACUGAAAAAUUUAAGGUUUGUUAAAAUGGCCAAUUGUAGAAAAACUAUGUUAAAUCUAAUUAUUUUUGUAUCACUUCAAUCAGUAUUAAUAUUAAUCAUAUAACACUGUAAAUACUGUCUCACUUUUACCAAGAUAAGCAUUUUUCUUGACUAAAUUUAAUCUGUGUCAUAUUUGGAAUUCACCUAAAAUUUA